UCCAACAUAUUUUUAUAUCCAAAUUGGUGGUAUUUGGGAGAAACCAUGGGAAGAAGGGAAUCAUCAAAUUCAUCAAACAUUAUGUUUUCUGUGUUGUUCUUUCUAUUCAUUGGUGUACAACAAGUUGCAUGUUCUUCUUCAUGUGGAGACAUCAAAGACAUACGAUUCCCGUUCCGGUUAAAGGCCAAUCCAUCGGACAUCCGUGAUUCUGAUUGGGAACUUACUUGCGAGAGCAACAAACUCAUCCUACAAUAUGGUUCUGGAAAAUACUAUGUGAAAGAAAUUUCUUAUGAUUAUGGGAUAAUUAAUGUUGUUGAUGUUGAGUUAGCCAAUCGAAGCUGUGGCGCCCUUCCAUCCCAACCUCUUUCAUUCUCUGCAACUUCUGACGGUUAUGACAACAGAAAGGGAAUUUUAUUAGAAUUAGAAUCUUCCCCGUAUGUAGGAGGACAAUUGAAGUACUACACAGAAGCCCUGUUUUUGAAGUGCCCCUCGAAUUUCAGUCAUCCCUCGUACAUAAGAGUUCCUUGUCUGGGCGGAAACCAGUCUCAUGUUUAUGUCUACAAUGCUAGUAGCUCAGAAACAGCCUCUUAUCACGAUUCAUGCUCGUUCAUUUCAAGUAUUCCUAUGCUUCUUCCUCUUCAGGCAAAUCUUUCCUAUGAAACCAUCCAGAAUUUUCUGCAGUUAGGGUUUGAUCUUCGCUGGAACAGAUCGGUUUGUUUUUCAUAUAAUGAAAUACUCGACAGGUUUUGGCUCAUCCAAGAUACAAAACAACUCUAUUGCUCCAGAAGCAUUUUUGGUGACUAUCUGUCAUACUUGUGGGAUUACAUGCUUGAACCCUUACGAGAAGUAUUUCAUUAUUUUUCUGAUACCAGUGAUCCACAUUUGGACAUGUGGGGGUAUGGCACAAGGGACGCACUCUUUGUAUGCUUUCUGUGGGUUGUUCUUAUCGUCAGAUUUAUCCUUGCUCCGACGGUUUUACUUGUGUAUAUUUUCAUCAAGUAUACGAAAACAAGGAAAACGGUGGAUACCGUAGAGAAAUUUCUUCACAGUCAGCAAUCCUGGAUGCCCAAAAGGUAUUCCUACUGUGAGAUAAUUGCAAUGACAAACGGUUUCAGCUAUGAAUUAGGCCAAGGUGGCUUCGGAUCUGUUUACAAAGGGCAGCUUCAUAAUGGUUGUUUCAUUGCUGUUAAGGUGUUAAAAAACUCUAAAUUUAGUGCAGAAGAAUUCAUCAAUGAGGUCUCCACAAUCGGUAGAAUUCAUCAUGUCAAUAUUGUGCAAUUAUUGGGAUUUUGUUCGGAAGGACACAAUCGUGCUCUUGUGUAUGAGUAUAUGCCUAAUGGAUCUCUUGAUAAGCACAUCUUCUCAAAGGGACGUAAAAGAAAGUCAUUUACUUGGAAGAAACUCCAUGAAAUAGCUAUUGGAACAGCUCGGGGGAUUGAAUAUCUACAUGGAGGAUGUGAUGUUUGCAUUCUUCAUUUCGAUAUUAAGCCUCAUAACAUCUUGCUUGACCACAAUUUUAUGCCAAAAGUCUCUGAUUUUGGCCUUGCAAAAUUUCAUCCAAAGGAAAAUGAUUUUGUGUCCAUUAGUAUUACAAGAGGAACAAUAGGAUACAUAGCUCCUGAGUUGAUUUCAAGAAAUUUUGGGAUGAUUUCUUCCAAGUCAGAUGUUUAUAGUUUUGGAAUGUUAUUAUUAGAUUUGGUUGGAGGGAGAAAGAAUUCUUUUUCAAUGGAAACUCCUUCAAGCAAAGAAUACUUCCCGUUAUGGGCAUAUGACCAAAUAUUGAGGGGAGGAGAUUUAGAAAUUCAAGAUGAGGCUGAAAAUGAAAUUGGGAUUGGUAGAAAACUAUGCAUAAUUGGGUUGUGGUGCAUACAAGUGAAUGCAUCAGAUCGUCCAUCAAUUACCAAAGUAAGGGAAAUGUUAGAAGGAAGCAUUGACAACUUGGAUAUGCCUCCUAAACCUUUUUUUUCUUCUUCUGAACAUUGCUCUAUAAGGGAUGAGAUUUUAAUGGAAUUCAGUUCUACAGGUUCAUCAGAGCAAUUGUUAUCUGAGUUAAUGGAGGGAAGCUUGUAUAUUGAUGGCAAUGUUUAGUUUAAUUUCCAAAUAAAAUGUGUAAAUUUUAGAUAAACCUGCAUUCACUAGCGGUUUUAUAUUAAUGUGGUCAAUAUUUGGAAUUUUUUUAUAUGAUAUAGGUAAAAUAUUAAUAUAAUUUUUGAUGUUUUGUUGACCUUUUA